AUGGCAGUUAAAAAAAAAAGCAACAACUAUUGCAGUGUUUUUGGUUGUAAUGCAUAUUAUUGUUCUGAUAAAAUUAUUAGUUUCCAUCAGUUGCCGAAACGUAAUGAACCAAAAAUUCUACAAAAAAAUAAUUUCGGAAUUCAAGAGUUGGUCGACCGUCGGAGAAUGUGGGAAAUUGUUUUAAAAUUAUCCAAAAAAUCAUUAAAAAAGAAACGGAUUCAAAUUUGUUCAAAGCAUUUUACAGCAAAUGACUUUUUUCCACCAGGUUCAAGUAAAUUACGCUCACGCCUAAAGCCUACCUCAAUUCCAUCACGAAAUUUGCCUGAAUCGUCUGUUAAGGUCUUUUCUCCAAAAAAGAGAGCUUCGCCUAAGAAAAGAUCUUCUCCAAAAAAAAAAAUGUGGUACCAAAAUAUGAGGAACUACAUUUAUUGUAUUGAUGAGUCAAAUUUGAACAAGGAAUUUGAAUCUACGUCACAAAUCUACCCAGACUGUAACGACGUUUUAACAGACAUCACAGUUGCUAAUAAUCUUAUCUCAGAACUAACAACUUUCAAGGAUAGUGCAGUACAAGUAACUAGUGGUGAUCUUGUUACAUCGUUUAUAUCUUUAAUAGAUUCAAAACAAAAAUUAAUUACGAUGACAGGGAUCAAUUUUUUCAAAAUUUUGGAUGAGAUAGUAGAUUUGCACAAAACAUAUUGUUCAAUCAAGAGGCUCCUACAAUAUUGGUGGUCGGCCCCACUGACUACACCAACGUAUUGGACACUUGGACUGUCUUUUGAAAUUCUUAGUCUUUUGUUCAAUUCCUUAAAUUCGGAGACUUGUCGAUUACUGUAUAAUUCAAUGAUUCCUCAACUUUCCCAAAUUUUUAAAACUUUAGUUUAUUGGCCAUCUAGACAAGAAAUAUCAUUAAAUACUCCAUAUUGCUUCGAUAAAUUUACUAACGUUAGAGUUAUACUUGAUUGUACUGAAGUGUCAUUGCAAAAGCCAACAUGCUUAACAUGCAGAAUAAAAUGUUACAGUAACUACAAAUCAACAUAUACUUUAAAAUUUUUGAUAGGUAUAGCACCCGCAGGCAUUAUAACUUACAUCAGUAAGCCUUAUGGAGGUAGAUGUUCUGAUAAGGCUAUAUUUGAACAAAGUAAUCUGGUUGAAUGUAUGCAAAAACAUGAUGCUGUGAUGGUGGAUAAAGGUUUCCUAAUUGACGACUUCAAAGAAGAUGCAAUUUUAUCUAAAGACAUUGCCAAGGCUAGGGUUCAUAUAGAAAGAAUCAAUCAAAGAUUAAAAACAUUUAAUAUACUUCGUCAUACAUUUCCUUGGCCCCACAUCCAUUUAGCCUCAGAUCUAAUGACUAUCAUUGGUGGCAUAUGCAAUAUAAGCCCAUCAAUAUUUGCUAUGGAUAAAUUUAAUUAA